AUGCAUACACCAUUAUUGGGAAUUGAUGUAAAAAAAUAUCGGAUGCGAAGAAAUUUAGGAGCCAAUUGGACGUCGGGAAACAGUCGUGCAAUACUUGACGAGAAUGAAACAAUUCGAAAUGAAUUAGCCUUGAUAAAGAAGAGGAAUAAUCGACUGAUCGAGCAGCUACGCGAGAAAUCCAUGGAGCACUCUAAAAUGGCAUCUCAAAUGAGUUCUCUUCAAAAACAGAUGGAAGUAUUACAAAAUCGAUGUCGCUUAAAUGAAGAGCUCGAAAAAUUAUCGCUGAAUAGCCAAGUUAUUGCCUAUACAAAUGCUGCCUUUGAUAAUGUGGAGGAAAAGCUAAAAGAUUUUGGAAACGAACUGCAAACUAUCAAAACAGAGAUGAUGAAGAAUGAGCAAGCAGCAGUAAAUCAGACAGUUCGAGAGCAGAACGCUUAUCAGACUUGUUUGGAGCAUACCGAAAGACUGCAACGGGACAACUUCUCAAUGAUGCAGUCAAGAAGCUCAAAUUUUGGAAGUUAUGAUUGCCGUAUUCGUCAACUGCUGGAAAUGAUGCCUUCAUACGAUGCCUUAUACUCAUUUACAGUCAGCGUUGUACGAAAGCUGGGUCAGCUACGAACAUCUUACAUCGAGAAGAGCGCACAGGCAAACCGAUCUAAUCUCGAGAUGAUGCAUGCGCAGACGUCUUUACUUAUUGCUCAUGUGCAGUUGCAGCUGGAGAAAUUGAAACUACAGCUUCAUGCGGUCGCCAAAUGUCGGCCAUUGCGGCCUGCUUCAUAUCAUGGAGAUGACUUGUUGGAAAAAAUGGUUAGCUAUUUCUGA